AUGGACUCCUCUUCCAUACGGCAGCGAGCACCGAAGUCACAACCUUCAUCGAGCUCUUCGGAGCAUUCAUAUUCUCAGCCUGACGAAAUCGAAGACGCCAACACCCGCGUAAUAUCUCUUCUUGACAUCUUACGUAUCAUCUUCACCCUCAUCGCUGUCUCGUGCGCCUUGUCAUACUACUUGACUUCUGGUUCGUCCUACUUUUGGAAAUACAAUCCGUGGUUCGCCAGUCCCUCGCAAGUCGCCCGCUGGUGGAAGGGUCCAUUACUCCUCACGCCGGAGCAACUAGCAUUAUACAACGGCACCGACCCCGAGAAGCCAAUAUACCUUGCGAUUAAUGGGACAAUUUUCGACGUGACUGCUGGAAAGCAUACGUAUGGUCCCGGUGGCAGCUACGAAGUAUUUGCCGGUCGAGAUGCUACAAGAGCUUUUGUCACAGGGUGCUUUCUGGAAGACCGGACGGGUGAUCUAAGGGGAGCCGAGGAAAUCUAUAUCCCGAUUGACGACCCAGAAGAAGAGAUUGCAAGUGGGGCAAGGAAGACGCGAGCAGAGAGAGAACGUAGGGCUGCAAAGAAACGCGUGCUGCAGGAAGUGAGAAAGUGGGAAGAGUUCUACAGACACCACAAGAAAUAUUUCGAGGUCGGAAACCUGGUUAAUGUGUCAGAGUAUCUGGAUAAACCACCCGUACUAUGCGAGGCCGCCCAAAAAGGGAGACCCAAGAGAAAGAACAUCAGGACAGUAAACGAGGUCGAGGCGCCAGGGAAACCUGUGCAAUGA